GCGUUACCUUUUGAUGUAUUGUUAAUUUUUAUGCAAAAACCCCAUUUUCGACGACAGGCAGUCGUUAAGGUACUUUGAACGCAACCUGAACGCCAAUUUUUAAUAGCUUAACGAACCUUUGUUGGCUGGUUUUCUACACUUUUGGCAUACGUUAAACUAGUUGGCUAGGCGUGCUGUUGAGUUUUUUGCUAACAGGCAAGUUUUGCUGCACGAUAUUAAGUUGACAGGGUUGUGUCCAGUACAGGUGAGCAGAAGAUGACGACCAUUAGAUUUGGAUCAGCUAUGGAUCCCUGUAGGAUCUCUACUACUGAGAGGGCUACAGAAGAAAUGGACAAUAAGGGAAACUGUGACCCAGACAAGUUACUCCAAUGUCCCUUCGAUAAGAACCAUCAGAUAAGGGCUUGUCGUUUCCCAUACCAUUUGAUAAAGUGCAGGAAGAAUCAUCCAAAAUUGGCCAAAGAGCUCAAGACAUGUCCGUUCAAUGCUCGCCACCUUGUACCGAAACACGAGAUGCCGUACCACACAGAGACGUGCGAGGACAGAGUGUCUGUCGACACUGACGAAGCAGGAGGCACAAACGGCCAUCAGUGGCAGGUUCCAGUCAGCACUUGGAUCAACCCAAACAUGACUGAGGACUGGGAUCAAGAGGUGGAUGAUGCUGCUGCUCCAUUUGUUUGGGGUGUAAAUACAGCUUUGGAUCAAAAACUGGAGACUAGGCCCACAAAUAAUCUUGGUCAGGGAUCAAGAACACCCAAAGUCCUCCCGUGGUAGCCUGCCAAAGCCACAGCUUGCAAGCGUGGAUAUUUUAAAGUUUGUUUUUACACCUCUCAAAAUUAAAGAUUUUAAUUUGCACAACUGUAUGUACCUACACUUUCUGUAUAGAGGUUGAAGAGCUUUUCAGUCCCUUGUGCCAAAGAUGCAAAGUUAAAAGUUGAGUGGCAAAUGCACACUGGUACCUUUUCUGUUUUGUUUUGCAUUCCCCUGUGUGUUGACUAUUAACAUUGGUUUGAUGGUGUCUGCUUCUUUUCAAGGUGUUGCAUGCAAAUAAAACUGGAAUUAGAAAAUCCA